AUGAGCGGUGAUAACGUGGCGACGAGUGCCCGCGGCUCAGUUAGCUACGCGGACUCGCGUGGUGCGGUCGCGUGCAUCGUACGUAUCGGCAAGAGUGACGCGCGGAACACUGUGUUCGCGCUCGCGUACGCGCUGCAUUCCAUCGUGGGGGCCCUUAGCCGCCAUUGGCCGAUCCCGCGUGACGUCACACCUCGUAAUGAGGCCGUAGAAUGCGGCUCGGGCCUGCGGCGAUGGUCGCGCCUUUCUAAAAGCGCGGCGCGAACCCCUCGGCCCCCUCCGCCGCCCCCACGUCUCCACCACGUCGAAUUGCAGGUGCUCGACACAUCCCCAUUAAAUACCGAUCAUGUC